AUGUUCCUCUCAUUGAUGUUCGUGAGGGAAGUAUUCCUGAGGAACAGGUUCCAAGUUCAGGGUUUACGGGUUUUAGGGAGGAAGACUUUCUUCCUAAGACAGAAGUUCCUAGGGAACAGGUUCCUAGGUAUCAUGUUCCAAGUUCAGAUUCCGGGUUUAGGGAAGGAAGACUUUGUUCCCAAGGAACACGUUUCUUGUGUUGAUGUUCCUAUGGAACAGGUUCCAAGUUCAGAUUCCGGGUUUUAG